AUGAAAGAUAUUACGUAUAAGAUUUCACUGAAAUUUCAUGGCUUUUUCUACCGCUUCUUUUCCCACCAUCGUUUGCGCAACAUUGUUGGUCGGCUCCCUAUCGGUCCCCGGCCGGAUGCGGACACAGUACUGAAAUCCGACACAUCGAACGGCCCGACAACGACCGCCGCCAGCAAGGGUCGCCCUGGAACGGGAAAGAUUGCCACCGCCACCGGAAGCGCAAAAACGCAAACACCACCGAAAGCCGGCACUACUAGUGCUGGUUCGUGCUCGAACGUGCCCACCACUACCGGCACGCCAGCUACAACCGCCACAACCACCAGCAACCCUUCGAAGGCACCUCGAGCAUCCCGCACGGCCAAACAAUCGAUAGUGGCUAACGGGCGGGCGAAGACGAGCGUCGCUCGACAUCACAACCACUACCACCACCACCACCAUCAUCACCUCCCCCAGCAGCAUCAGCAGCAGCCGGGUCAGCCUUCGGCAGCCAUCUCGGCCUUCGCAGCAACGCCGCAGCAGCAGAGUCAACCGUCGCUCAAGCACUACCACAUUCCGCUGCAAGACACCUACCAGGCCUCGCAGCAACCCCUGCAGCCACUGCAGCUGACCACGCUGCGGCUCGGCCAGAGCUCGUUCUAUGCACCACCUCCACCGCCUCCGCCACCCCCACCGCCACCAGCGACCCAACACUCAACAGCACCCGGACUGCCGGUCGCGUCGGCGUGUCACCCUCCACAGACGCUCUCGCUCGUCCUCCCACCGUGCAACGGCGGAACGUCCUACCUGGGCCAGCUGUCCGUGUCCCCCUCGACGACAUCUUCCCACCAGUGCCACCUGCACCAUCACUACCACCCGCAACCGGCCGGUCGGAUUGCGGUGAUUUCCUCGCCAAUGUCUCCACCCGGUUCGUGCUGUGGCGCCGGCCCCGGUGGCCAUCCGCGACCGACCGAGCUGAACUGCUGCCAGGGUGCGCAGGCGACACCCAAGCCGGACAUUCCGACGCCCACGCUGGUGAAGGUGAAGGCUUGGUAUACGGUGACCAAGCAGGGCCUGUCCUACUGAGAUACGGCGACGUAGAUCGGUACCGGCGGUGGAUCGGGCCGACGGUUCUCUGGUCGUUCGACAACGGAUUGUGGAACGCGGCAUAAA